AUGGAGGCCUGCUGGAUGCUGGGGCUGGCCCUCUGCCUCCUGCUGGGGCCUCUUGCAGGGGCCAAGCCUGUGCAGGAGGGCGCAGACCCCUAUGCUGAACCUCCGGCCCUGCCCUACUGGCCCUUCUCCACCUCUGACUUCUGGAACUACGUGCAGUACCUGCAGAGCCUGGGCGCCUACCCACAGCUGGAGGACCUGGCCCGCACCUUCUUUGCCCACUUCCCCCUGGGGAGCACCCUGGGCUUCCACGUCCCCUACCAGGAGGACUGAGCAGCACCCAGCCUGACGCCUGCCUGGCUGCACUGCCCUUGCCUGGGGGUGACCCAUAGCCAUGGUGGGGUGGGGGGUCUGGUGGCUUCACACCAGUAAACCUCCCACUGAAGAGACACCACAGGCCAUGGGGCGCCACAGGCCAGGGACACACUCUGACCUACCCCACAGCUGCACACAGUGCCUCCACUCUAUUGUCUCGCCAGCUGACCUGGCUGGCUCUGAUCCCUGGGGACUCUGCUUUAAUAAAUGUCUGCACACUUUCAUCCACGGGGAGUCGCCUCUGAGUCACCCCCUCCUCCAGUUCUCUCGAUGACCCUCAGAUUGCCGGUGAGGAGACUGAGGCAGGAACAGAGGCUCGGCCUGAAUCGUUAAAGCCAUUCAGCUGGUCAGAGGAGCUGGUUCCCGCCCCAGCAGGGGACACGGAGUUGGGCAGCAGUCAGCCCAGGCCAGCUGUCCACACUUCACACACUCCUGAGAGCAGCAGGGAAAGAGGACACGUGAGCCCAGCUGUGAGGGGAGUCAGGGCCCAGGCUCAGGCUCCGUGGGAGGGUGGACAGGCAGCGCAGGAGUGCCUCAGGUCCAGCCCCAGUGCGGGGA